UAAUCAUGAGCGGGCAGGAAGUUAGGGCGAGAGGUGAGAGGUUAAGGGAUGGAGGAGGUAAUGGACAGUCUUUCUCUUCGAGUUUGCUUGAUGAAAUCUACCGUUCGAUUGACGAUGGAGGCGAUAAGAGAAGUGGAGAAUUGAAGUUUUACAGACAUAAGGUGUUGAAGAAACAAGGUAAAACAAUCGGUGACGAAGAGAUCGCGAGUCUUCAUCGAGCAUUGCUGAUCGAGAGAUGGAUCGAGAAGAAGGUUGCUGAAAAGGUGAGCGCUCAAAGGAGACGAUCUCUGACGGAAGCUGAGAUAAAAUUUCAGUUGUACCAGCAUGAUCGGGAAGAAGAUGUUCUCUUCUUCAGUUCCACUUCCAGUUCUUCCGAUUCGAGUUUCGGCGGAUUUUCAUCUUCGGAUACUGAAUCAAUGCAUGGCUCGAAGUCCUUGACGCCGUCUUGUUUUGCGAAGUUCAGGCCGAAACCGGUUCGGACCAGUGUCUCGGCUCUACCGCCAGAGAAGACGGAGGCAAAGCAAAGACAGAGUAGAGAAAAGCCACAGUCGAAACAGAGCAAUCAAUUCGUCGAAAACAAAGAAUCGCGAGAUUUGGACGAGAACGCCAUGAUUAAGUCGAAAUCUAGGGCAUUGAAGAUAUACAAUAACUUAAAGAAGGUGAAGCAGCCGAUUUCACCAGGAGGACGCCUCUCAAGUUUUCUCAAUUCAAUCUUCACCGCUGGAACUCCGAAGAAACAAGCACACUCCGUAACAUCAACCGGAGCCUCUGAAGAUCCUAACUCAGAGAGGAAAUCAAAAUCCGGUCAAACUUCGACUUGCUCUUCCGCUACAUCGUUUUCAAGAUCAUGUUUAAGCAAAAAUUCGCCAUGCUCAAGUGAAAAAUUGCGCAACGUCGACAGGAGAACGGUUCGAUUCUAUCCGGUGAGUACAAUCGUAGACGAACAUUGUAAACCUUGCGGACACAAAUCCUUGUACGAUGAAGGGCCUAAGUUCCAAGUCAAGGAUAAGCCGCAAACAGCAGAAGCAACAGCAGCAGCCAGAAACAUUUUGACAGAUUAUCAACAAAUCAGGAAUAAGAAGGAUUUCCUCAUUAGAAAAUUUCACCAUCCGGACAAUCAUCUCUACCAAGAAGAAGAAGAAGAAGAAGAAGACGACACAGCAAGUUGUUCGAGUUCAGAUCUGUUCGAGCUAGAUCACCUGACGGUAAUGAGCGGAGAUCGGUACCGCGAAGAGCUUCCGGUGUACGAAAGAACCACUGGUGUGGAUACCAAUCGAGCCAUCCGCCAUCGCUAAUCAGGUGGCAGAAUGGGGGUGGGAGCUUCUGAAGCAGGAAAAGAAUUCAACGUAUCUUUUGGAAGAGGAUGGAGAGAGCACAUGAUUCUGUCACGUAGCCCAGGACCAUGGAUUCUUGCACCAAAUUACUGGGAACGGAGAUAACGUGGGUGGUGAUGCAUGCCAAAUUGCAGUCAAAGUGCCAGUUCCAGCCCCCCAACACCUUCCCUAAGCCAUCCGCUUGUAGACCUCCAGCAUCGAGCAGGUCAAGCUCCGGUGCAUCAAUCCCAUUGAAAAAGGAGUCCCACAUCGGUUAAUUAAGGAGUUAAUCAUAUAAGGAAUAAAUCUCCAUUGGUGUGAGACCUUUUGGGUAAGCCAAAACAAAGCCAUGAGAGCUUAUGCUCAAGGUGGACAAUAUCAUACCAUUGUGGAGAUAUGUGAUUUCUAACAGAGCCAAGACUACAAGUAUAGAGUAUCUUACUUUGCCCGGGAGCUCUGUUAACAACCGGUUCAUGCUGUAAUUGAUGGGAGUAUGGGUAAAGCUAUGUAUAGUAAAUCGAACUCUAUAUAUAUAUACCUUUAAGUAGUGCUUUGAUCUCUGUUAUUGUACUUACUGAACUUCUAGGCAAUAUUCCUUCUAGCAU